ACUCAUGCAGUUGAUCUUCUUGCAUGCCGGGAGACAAGCACUGCAGCUUUUUGAACUUCUAAGCACAUUUUCCCACCUCGGAGGACAACAUCCCAUUUUGAUGGAGAUUCUGCUGAAUAUUUUUCCAAUUGACUGAUUUUCCCCGAAAGAGUGUUUUCUUUUUGUUGCCGGAAAGUCUCGAGUCAGGAGCCACCACGAUGGAGAGUAUAAAACCGAGGUUGAAAGUGCUGAAGAAGCGGCGCUCCAGUCUUUUUGCCACGAUAAAACGGGAAAUGAGUUUUUCGCAUAGCAUUGAGGAACAGGAGAGUGAAUUCCCUUUUUCCCAAAGCAGUUCUAUAAAGCUGUGGACAUCCAUGGAUAACCUGGACAGCCCUGGCAAACAGAAAAGGGAGAAAAAAGCCGCACCAAACCCGAGGAAAUCAAACAUUGUUAACCUCAACGUGGGUGGAAAGGUCUUCCACAUCCCCAAACAUUUGGUCCUCAAACACCCCAAAACCAGGAUAGGAGUCCUUGCCCUUUGUGAAGAUCCGGUCAAGCGAAUGACGCUCUGCGACGACUACAGCGUUCAUAACGAUGAAUUCUUUUUUGACCGGGAUCCGAUGUUUUUCCAUUAUAUCUUCCACUUCUACUGCAGCAACGUUUUGUGGGUGAUGGACAGUCUCUGUCCUGUCAACUUUGAAGAAGAGAUGUCUUUCUGGGGGCUGAAACUGAAGGACACGCCCAGAUGCUGUCGUAUUCUGUUUGAAGAGAAAGUGGAUGACAUAAGAGACCAACUGAAGGUCAACCAGGAGCUUCUUGAUGAGAUUAAGCCUCACCAGGAUGACGAGGGCUACAAGACCAUGUUUCUUGGCAGCUUUCGAAAGCUUCUCUGGGACCUAAUGGAGAACCCUUACUCUUCCAUGUCAGCUAAAGCCUUUGCUGUGUUCUCCAGUCUCUUUGUGCUCAUCUCCAUCGUCUCCAUGACGCUGAACACGGUGCCCGAGCUCAGGGACUACAAACUGGCCGGCAAAACCUACAUGGAGUGGGUGGAAGUUGGCUCCAUCCUCUUCUUCACUUUGGAGUACUUCCUGCGUUUGGUCACCACCUCCGACAUCAAGCAUUUUGUCAAAAGUGCCUUGAACUUUGUCGACGUGGUGGCCGUUAUGCCAUAUUUCAUCCAGAUUAUCUUUGAGACUUUUGUCAUCGAUUCAGAGGACUUCAGUGCGAAGGAAGAUUUGAAGGCCAUGUCAAGGGUCAGCAAAGUCAGCAAGGUGCUCAAAGUCGUCAAGCUGAUGCGCAUAUUCCGUAUCCUCAAACUUGCUCGUCACUCCACAGGCAUGAGGGCCUUUGGCUUCACCAUCCGUCAAUGUUCUGAGCAGGUGUGUUGUCUGUUUCUCUUCAUCGCCAUGGGCAUCUUCACCUUCUCGGCUCUUAUGCACUCAGUGGAGGUGGACCAGCCUGGAACGCCAUUCAGCAGCAUCCCAGAUGCCUGGUGGUGGGCAGCGGUGAGCAUCUCCACCGUUGGCUACGGAGACGUGGUGCCCAUCUCCUACCUGGGUCGCUGCGUAGCCUUUCUCUGCAUCUCAUUCGGGAUCAUCCUCAACGGCAUGCCCAUCUCCAUUCUUUUCAACAAGUUUUCCGACUACUACGCCAAGCUGAAGGAACAGGAAUACACCUUUUCAAACACGGAGCGCACCUUCCAGCUUCAGAAACGUCUGCGGAACAAGUGCGACAGCUGCUUCCAGCCACAAAUCGAGGAUUCUGAUGAUGAGAUCCACUAUCGGCCCAGUGGAAGGCAAACUAUUUUUGAAGGGGAAGAGUAAAAAGACAGGCGGCCAGAUUGGAAACUCGCUCACCUUAAAUGGCCUUAUCACACUUGGGUCUAGAUUGUGCAGGACCCCAUCUGCUACCUACUGAACUAAUGGGAUGUAUUAUGAACAGGACAAGACAGCCAAUGGACCUCCAAGCUUUUAGAUUUGGAUUGCAUUGGAACAAUAGAGGUGAUGACGUGCAAACUCAUGCACAACAUUAUCAGCCGCUUAAAUGUUUGCAAAUUGUAAAGCGAAGCGGACUGUCAGCGUUUUAUUUACAGGAGUAAAGAUGGAUAUGGAUGUGCUCCGUGACUUGUCCAGUGUCAUGUUUCCUGGUCAAUGUGACGCGUACCUGAAGUUAGCAGGGUAUGUGACUGCGUCGAGAGCCGUCAAGUCCAACAGUGUAAUUUUCCUUGUCAAGGAUUACCUGGCUUUGCACUUGCGCCUCCUUCCUGGCCAGACAAGGACAAAGCGUGAUCAUGUGAUUUGCUAUUCUGGACAGCACACAUAAUGGGUGUGAUUAUAAGGUUGGUUAUUUUGUGUGUGUGUGUGUGGUCAGAUAAAGCACUCAGCUUGAAGAGAGCAUUUUUCAGUGAUACUGAACUAAUGAGGCAGAUGACACGCGGCGUGUUAGCAGUUAGCAGUUGGCAUAAUCCCAACGUGCACCAUAUUCUUUAUCUGGAGGUGCCAAAAGUGAGUCAGGCCAACACCUUGCAGCGUGUUGUUGGCUGCGUUACGUCCUCUUAUAUGUUCAUAAAGCACACAAUAUACAACAUACCUUCCAUUUUCCACAGGGCCUUUUUGUAUUACAUUGUGUGGGAAUGAUUGUUAUCACCUCAACUGAGGUAGGAAAAAAAAAGACUGCACCGCUUGCUUCAACCAGCAGAGGCGCUGAUGAUUCAGCCUCAAAUAGUUUGAGACUUCCACUGAGGUUCUUGACCCCGAUGCAAGUUGGCUGGAAUGCUAAAACGUGAAAAGAAAAGACUUAAAUUGCAUGUGUUCUGUGGGAAUCUGUAGUGAUAGACGUUUUUGUGUAUCAAACUCUUGUGGUCCUCCAGAUGACAUUGUUUUUCUUUUUUUGUUUCCAUACACAACUGUGAUUCAAUUACAACAUGAAUGUGUACAAUUAAAUAAGUUGCAUAUUAUUUAUAAUCUUUUAGCACAAAGUGGUGCCUUAGGUGAGCCCCAUCGGUGCCUACAAAAAAAACCCAAAUGUCAUAGUUUUCACUGCGGCACCCAAUUUAUAUGGUUCACAAAUGACAAAGAAACACUAUAUAAAUACUCUCACCACAAAAUACAAAUCCUGUAAAUAAGGAGAAAACACUGGAUAACACAAGAAAAGAAGGCAGACGUGCAGAAAAUGUAGGCAAAAUAAGGCAAACAUUGCAGUUUAUCACAGUUUGUCUACAAGCAACCAGUUCUAUGUGAAAGCACAUUCCUAUACAUUUAUUUUAUGACAUCAAAUAAUUUGUUUUUAUUUGCAGAAAUCUCUCUCUUGGAAGUCGACAAUGCAUGCAUGUAUAGAAAUUUCAUGAACGGUAGUGGUGGCGUAUAAGAGACCAGCCAAAAAGCAUCGUUCAUACGUAUACUACAUCAGGGUACACAGGGUACCCAUUGUGUUCACUAUUGUCAAUCAAUGUCACAUUGAACUCCACAUUGCACCACUUUUUCAUUCAACUGACUACAGGUGUGACACUUACCAGGAUAAGCAGCAAGAAAAUUGGUAGAUUUACUGUACAGUGUAUAGAAAUCGGGCUGGUGGUUAGCGCGUAGGCCACACAGCUAGGAGACCCGAGUUUGAUUCCAUUCUCGGCCAUCUCUGUGUGGAGUUUGCAUGUUCUCCCCGUGCAUGCGUGGGUUUUCCCCGGGUACUCCGGUUUCCUCCCACAUUCCAAAAACAUGCUAGGUUAAUUGGCCACUCCAAAUUGUCCAUAGGUAUGAAUGUGAGUGUGAAUGGUUGUUUGUCUAUAUGUGCCCUGGGAUUGGCUGGCCACCAGUCCAGGGUGUACCCCGCCUCUCGAUCGAAGACAGCUGGGAUAGGCUCCAGCACCCCCGCAACCCUCAUGAGGAAAAAGCGGUAGAAAAUGAAUGAAUGAAUGAAUGAUGCUCAACCACAUUCAGCACCAAGGAUAGAGAUCGUAUCAUUUUGACAGCCAUUUUAACUCUUGUGUCAGUCGCUAUAAACUAGCUACAUAUAAUACCCCGCCUCUCGACCAAAGACAGCUGGGAUAGGCUCCAGCACCACCGCGAUCCUUGGGAGGAUAAACGGCAGAAAAUGAAUGAAUGAAUGUACGUAGAUCUUGUUAUGCUGGUAAUAUUAAUAUCAGGUGACCGUCUCCAUCCUUGACAAGCUCGUUGUGCCGUAUCUCCCAUUCAUCAAGGGGUGUCAAGAUAAGAUGGUAAGAAGGUAUGGUAAGUUCUAACACGCUUUCUGGCCAAGUACCCAAGUACCAGUACGUGCACCCUUGGCCCAAACACAUUGAUAAGGCUGCACCAGUGAGUAAAAAAAGAAAAAAAGGACCACCCAAGGAGUGAUGCUUUUCGCCUGGCAUCUUAUAUCAGUUUCUAACUGAGGCCAUUCCAUCAUUUCUUUGGCUGGAGCCUUGAAGAGUUUGCAUCACUGUCAGUCUUUCCGGAUCAGAACAUACCUUCCCUUGCACCAAGGCUGAAUACAUCUUUCAGACCCGGUGUGACCUCAGCAUCAGUGCAGGUAGAGCACAUACUGUAUAUAUACAGUAAGGACCCCCCUCCAUAUUACACUGGUAAAUCCUCGCCUGAAGAACAGU